AUGGUCGAGUUCCUUCUUAAGGGCGGCAAUCAGGCGGUGAGUGUUAAUCCGCCCCACGACUUGGACUUCCAUAUCACGAAGCAGGGUUCGAGUUGGUUGUGGGCGGUAACGUCGGUGUUUGGGCUUCUUGUAGUGGUGUAUGCGAUUCUGUUUUUCAUUGCGGAGAUGCGCAGCACCUCGCUGGUGAGAUACUCGUUGGCGGCUCCUUUAUUGGUGUCACUUUUCAUGUGUUUCUUCUACUUCACGUAUGCGUCGAAUCUGGGUUGGACGGGCAUCCAGGCAGAGUUUGGACAUGUCAAAGUAAACACCCCGGUGACUGGGUUGAAUCCCGGCGUUCGGCAGAUCUUCUACUCGCGGUUCGUCGCGUGGUUUUUAUCGUGGCCUCUGUUGCUGUUCCUCAUCGAGCUGUCGUCAGUGUCGACCGCCGAGCAACAUGGCGAAACGUUCUCUGUGUUUGACAUGAUCCACUCGCUGCUGGUCCAGAUUUUUUCCGCUUACUUCUGGAUCGUUGCUCUGCUUGUCGGAGCUCUUAUCAGAUCGACGUACAAGUGGGGAUACUUCACCUUUGCUGCUGUCAGCAUGUUGAUCAUGGAGGCCAUGCUAAUCAGAAGACAGUUUGUCACUUUGAAGACAAGAGCGUUCAAUGCGGCAAUGUUGGGAUUCAUAUUAGUUGUUGUGUGGCUGUACUUCAUCUGCUGGGGUCUCUCAGAGGGCGGCAACCGCAUUCAGCCCGAUUCUGAAGCGGUGUUCUACGGUAUUCUGGACUUGAUCGUGUUUGCCGUCUACCCCGCCUAUUUGCUUUUCAUUAUCAAGGCUUUUGGCGACUGGCCAGCCUUCUCGUGGAAGGGCGGCUUUGCAAGGCGCGUAGAUGAAGAACAUGCGGAGAAACCCUCUGGUCAAACCUCGGUCAGACAGUCCGGCGAAACAGCUGUCCCACAAACGCAUGUGAACCAUCCGGCUGCUGCUGCUGCCACUGGCCCAGCCCUCGCUCCGACAGCCGAGCAUCCUAACGUCGCUGCUGGGCAUGCAACAACAGCUCACCAAACCACUACGACAGCAGAGAUUCCGGCGGCCAUCCCCGUUACCAGAGAGACUGCUUGA